CGGCGGGUGGAUGGGGUCUGACUCUGAGAUGACUGACAUAUAUCAGUAGACUGCUGUCGCAUACAGGUUUCCGGAGCUGUUCCUCAACGGUCUGUCAUUCCGUCUCGCGAUGAAGGAUCAAAACUACUCCGAAGAAGUUACAAAAAUACUGGAGGAGGCCCCCUCCGCUCGCAAAGCACUUUUAGACAACUAUAACAAUUUAUACAAAGUAGCGGAGUACUGCGAGAGCAACUACCUGCAGGCUGGAAAUGACACCACCAAAGCCCUGGAGGAGACCAAGGCCUUCACCACCCAGUCCUUGGCUAGUGUGGCCUAUCAGAUCAGCUCUAUGGCCACCAAUGUGCUCAAGCUUCUGGAUGCACAGACCCUGCAGCUCCGCAAGAUUGAGUCCUCCAUCAACCAGAUCGGACAGACCGUGGACAUGCACAGGGAGAAGGUGGCCCGCAGAGAGAUCGGCGCUUUCACUGUUGCCAAGAGGGUCCCACGCAGUCAUAAGGUUGUCCCCCCAGCAAAAAAUAAAGAAGCCAAGAUCAAGUACUCCCGCACACCCAUCUCUUUCUCUAGCCUGGACUCAGUCGGACAUGGCGUGAAGGAUUCUGGCCAGCCGCAGGUAAAAACAGCUACCAUGACACGGAGCAGCAGCACACUGAGUCGAAGCAGCCGUCCACCUGAGCCUGUCCAGUGUCCCGUGGCACCCACUCUCUCUCAUGGAGCGUCCCUCACCUCGCUCAAUGACAAGUCUAUUGCUUCAAGUUUUGGUAAAGCCGUGCCGCCUCCUGUGGUGCCCAGCUGGCCCACCAGUCCUGAGGUUGACAUCAUUGACACGCUGCUGGGUGAAGGGCCUCCUCCACCACCCCCACCGAUGGAGGCAGAGGGUGAACAGGAUCAUGGGAUGGAGACCGGUCCACCCCCACCUCCACCUCCUCCCCUCGACUGCACCAAUCCCCCCGCCCCUCCUAUGGCCACCUCAGUGAACGCACCUGAUCCCAGCAGCCUCAUGGCCAUACCACCUCCUCCACCUCCUCCACCAAGCUCCACCUCAUUGAAACAGGUUAUGGCUGAGGAGAAUGGAUUUCCUCUACCAGAAGCUCCCAUUGACAUGCCUCCUCCACCAGCCCCUGAUGGCCUCGAUCUUCCAGCCCCACUGCCUCCGCCGUGUGACCACAACUUUGAAGACCUUGAGAUUCCAGCACCGCCACCACUAGACAGUUAUGACAACUUUGAAGAGAUGCCCCCUCUACCCCCUCCCAUUGAUUAUGACAUAACUGCACCAGCCGACUAUUUGGAUAAAGUGGUGGCACUGUAUAACUACGACACAGGCAAGCCGGGCGACCUGGUGUUUCAAGAGGGCGAUAUCAUCUACCUCACCAGCAGGAAUGAGGAUGGCUGGUGUGAGGGCUUUCUCAAUGGAGUUAAAGGAUUUUUUCCUGGCAACUAUGUGGAGUCCACCGCUUAACAGAACGCAAGUGAAUGAAGUAUAG